AGUUGAAAGUGCAAUAUUUUCACUCCCUUUUAAACAUAACAAACGCCAAAGGUACAACGAAUGAUACCACCCCCAUAAAGACCACAGCUAUUACAGCACCUUCGUCACCUUGACAUACCUCGCGAUAAAUGAUUAGAGAUUAUCAUAUCACCACGGCAGUCUGCAGAUAAGAAAACAGCCCAAAGGUAUAGUGCAGCUCAACCCGUUCAUUCUUCAACCAAAGCGAGGGCCAUGAAGUGGUUUGUGCGGCUCGUGGCUCUCCUGUGCUCUGCGUUAUUACUGCUUCCCCCGGCUGAGACCUCUUCCGCCCGUCACCCCCCGACCCCCAGCGAGAGGCCUCCCGACGGAGGCGCAGAAGGCCCACAGGCGGAUCCGAGGCCGAGGGACUACGCCGGAUGGAAGCUGCUGAGGAUCUUCCCGUCCUCUCCCUCCCUCCUCAAGGCCGUGGUCGCCUCCUUGAGAAACAACACGAAGGCGGUGGUUGUGCAAGUGUCCCAGGCAGAGUUGCUGGCGGACGUGGGUCUUUCGCCAAGAGCGACGUUGGAGAGUGUCUUGUCGGCCUCCCUCCCUCCGCCGCGCCCCCCUCUUUGCUCCCUCGACGCCCUGGACACCGCCCACGCAGUGCCAGGGACAGAGGGCCAGACGCGGGCGGAGCAGGAGCUGGAUGAGUGCCAAGGAGGAGAGGAAUCACCUGCUGAAGAGAUGUCACUCACGGCAAGGAAGCGACGGUUUUCCUUGGACCUUCUGAAGUGGAAAACACUUCCCGGAUUCGUCAAGGAGAAGCCUAAGCUGGAUGGCUCAGAGGCGCUUGCGUGGGAUGACUAUUACCGCUACGACUCUAUUCAACGAUUUGGGCAGAACUUAUCUCGCAGUCUGCCGCAUGUUGAAUACCUCGACAUCGGGAAGAGCUUCGAAGGGAGACCGCUCUUUGCCCUAUGUUUCGCUUCUAAACCCACAAGCAUGGCAAAAAUCUUCAAGAAGAAACUCCUAAAAAUACGCAGAUUAAGAGCUAAGAGAGGUCGAGACCCAGAGCUUGCGGUCUUGCAGAAGAGGAAUAUGAUAACAAGAAAAAAGAAAAUGAGCAAACCAUAUAUCUUCAUCGAAGCAGGGAUCCACGCCCGCGAGUGGAUAACGCCGGCCGUGGCGACGUUCAUAGCCCAGGAGCUGGCGACCUUGGGCAAGAGGUUCCUGAAGCACGCGACGGUCAUCCUCGCCCCCCUGGCCAACCCCGACGGCUACGAGUACACCCACACCAACGACAGGUACUGGCGCAAGAACCGACGGACAACAGCCGAGCCCUCGUGUCCCGGCGUCGACCUCAACCGCAACUGGCGCGUCGGCUGGGGCGACCCUGAGGGCUCCAGCGGCGACCCUUGCUCCGCCGAAUAUCGUGGCACCGAGAGCUUCUCCGAGCCCGAGACUCAGGCACUCCGCGACCUGGCACUGGUUUGGAUGGAGAAGAUCACGCUGUUCGUCAGUCUCCAUUGCACCGGGAGAGUCAUCCUGCUUCCCUGGGGUUUCACCAGCACGCCGAGCUCUAAGCAGAAGCAGCUGGCGAGAAUUGCGAAGGUGAUGACCAAGUAUCUGCAUCGAAAUAAUCAGACGUUCGAGUUCGGCCAAGCGAGUCAUGUGAUGUACACAGCAUCGGGGACUUCCAGUGACUUCAUGCACGGUGCAGGAGUGAAAUACUCAUACACACUCGAACUUCCUGAAGACAGUUUCGAACUCGAGCCAGAGAAGAUCAUACCAAUAUCUAAAGCGGUUUGGAAUUCCUUGAUAUGUACACUCGGUGAGAUCGUAAAGACGGAUGGAAUCAGAUCCUUUUGCAAGACGAAGGAAACUACAGCAAAAUCGAGGAAGAAAUCAUCAGCGAAGAGAGAGAGAGAGAGAGAAAAAGAGAAAAAAAAAAAAACUUAAGGCAGAAGGUGGAAAACAGGAAAUCUUGAAAUCAAAUUAUCGGAUUGUGAAUGAGAUUUGAUGAUGAUUCUCCUGUAGUUAUGUGUAUCAGCUAUUAUCAGUGAGAUUCUGUGUAAAUUAUGAUUCAAGGAAUAAUGAUUUGUUAUAAAUUCCCUGUUUCAUGGUAAUUCUGACUUAUUCUGCGUUUAGACAUACAAGCUAUCAAAUAAACAUUUUCACAGGUGCAUUGUGUAGUUAAAUAUAUGUCUGAAUAUAGUAAUAGAUGCAUUGACAAAUGCACAAUUUAGUUGCCUUUAAUUCUAUGUGACUUAAAACUUACUGUGAUAAUGAACUGAUUAUAUAUAUAUAUAUUAUAUAUAUAUAUAUAUAUAUAUAUAUAUAUAUA